AUGGCCUCCGAGGCCCGGUUCUGGUUUGCUGCUCUACUUCUUCUUGUGACAUGUCUAUCCGCCAUGGCCAAGCAGACUUACAUUGUGCAGAUGAACCACCAUUCCAAGCCAUCCUCCUACGCCACCCACCAUGACUGGUACUCUGCCCACCUCCAGUCUCUCUCCUCCACCGAAGAUUCUCUUCUCUACACCUACACCACCGCCUACCACGGCUUCGCCGCCUCCUUAGACUCCGAACAAGCCGAGUUGCUCCGCCAAUCCGACUCGGUGCUCGGGGUCUACGAAGACACUCUCUACACUCUCCACACCACUCGGACCCCCGAGUUUCUGGGUCUCGAGAUCGAAUCGGGGCUCUGGGCCGGUCACUCGACCCAGGACCUCAACCAGGCCUCCAAUGACGUCAUUGUCGGAGUUCUCGACACCGGCGUCUGGCCCGAGUCCAAGAGCUUCGACGACGCCGGAAUGCCCGAGAUCCCUACCCGGUGGCGCGGCCAGUGCGAAUCAGGCUCUGAUUUCGCCCCGUCCCUCUGCAACAGGAAGCUGAUCGGAGCUCGGUGCUUCUCAAAAGGCUUUCACAUGGCCUCCGGCGGAAGUUUCAUGAGAAAAUCGAAGGAGGCCGAGUCGCCGCGAGAUCGAGACGGCCAUGGGACCCACACCAGCAGCACCGCCGCCGGGUCCCACGUGGCCAACGCCAGCCUCCUCGGCUACGCGACCGGGACGGCGCGUGGGAUGGCGCCUCACGCGAGGGUCGCCGCGUACAAGGUCUGCUGGAGCACCGGAUGUUUCGGGUCGGACAUUCUGGCGGGCAUGGAUCGGGCCAUUGUGGACGGCGUCGACGUGUUGUCGCUCUCUUUGGGCGGUGGGUCCUCUCCGUACUACCGCGACACGAUCGCGAUUGGGGCGUUCACGGCUACGGAGAGGGGCAUUUUUGUCUCUUGCUCUGCCGGGAACAGUGGGCCGAGUAAGGCCUCGUUGGCCAACACGGCCCCGUGGAUCAUGACCGUUGGAGCCGGGACCUUGGACCGGGAUUUCCCGGCUUACGCUUUGCUCGGUAACAAAAAACGUUUCACUGGCGUGUCGCUGUACAGCGGGACCGGGAUGGGAAAUAAACCGCACGUACGUGGGAAAGUGGUGGUGUGCGAUCGCGGCAUCAACGCACGUGUGGAGAAAGGUGGUGUUGUACGUGCCGCGGGUGGGAUUGGGAUGAUACUCGCCAACACGGCCGCCAGCGGUGAGGAAUUGGUGGCUGACAGUCACUUGUUACCGGCUGUGGCCGUCGGGAUGAGAGUCGGUGAUCUAAUUAGGGAAUACGCCCAGCACGAUUCGAAUCCAACGGCUCUGAUUAGCUUUGGCGGGACCGUGUUGAAUGUACGACCCUCUCCGGUAGUGGCGGCGUUUAGUUCACGGGGGCCCAAUCUGGUGACUCCCCAGAUCUUGAAGCCGGAUGUGAUUGGUCCAGGUGUCAACAUCUUGGCUGGAUGGUCAGAGUCGAUCGGGCCCACUGGGCUUGAAGAGGACACUAGGAAGAGCCAGUUCAACAUCAUGUCAGGUACAUCAAUGUCAUGUCCACACAUUAGUGGGCUUGCAGCAUUGCUCAAAGCAGCCCAUCCGGAUUGGAGCCCAAGUGCAAUCAAAUCUGCACUGAUGACCACAGCCUAUACCCAAGACAACACCAAGGCCCCUCUCCGGGACGCCGCGGAUGGUUCACUUUCGAACCCGUGGGCUCACGGCUCCGGCCAUGUCGAACCUCAGAAGGCACUGUCGCCGGGCCUAGUAUACGACAUAUCCACCGACGACUACGUUGCGUUUUUGUGCUCCUUGGACUACACUCUUGAACAUGUGCAAGCCAUUGUCAAGAAGCCCAACGUUACAUGCUCUAGAAAAUAUUCAGACCCUGGCCAACUCAACUACCCUUCAUUUUCGGUAGUGUUCGGGAAGAAACGGGUUGUGAGAUACAGCCGUGAGUUGACUAAUGUAGGGGCUGCGGGGUCCAUAUACAGAGUGGCUGUGACUGGACCUCAAAUGGUGAGGAUUGCGGUGAAGCCCACAAGGCUUGUGUUCAAGAAUGUAGGAGAGAAGCAGAAGUACACAGUCACGUUUGUGGCUAAUAAAGGUGCAGACAAGACAGCAAGGUCAGAAUUUGGUUCAAUUGUGUGGCAAAACCCACAGCACCAGGUUAAGAGCCCAAUCGCCUUUGCAUGGACGCAGUUGAUAGAUUGA